UUCGUUCGGGUCUGAUAAAGGAAUUGGUGCAGUUGUAGCACGCUGGGAAGGACAGGCUCACACCAUGGCACUUGCUAAGGUGAAAGUGGAGAAGACAGAUCUGGAGGCAGAGAUUGCCCGGAGCCGACUUGAUGCCGUCUUACAGGGACUCCUGGACAAGAGUGAUAUGGACCGGGAGCAGAUAGAUGAUGAGGUUGGGAAAGCGUCUGGAGAUCUUCACUGCAAAGAUUCAUCUCCCAGUGCCGGUGGGAAAAGGCCUUCGGGGAGGCUCUCUCAGCACCGGCGGAAGAAGAGGAAAGAAGAAGAUGGCAUCACAGAGGGCAGCCAGCCGAAAGCUAACAUGUGUAUUAUUCGGCUCUUUGACCGGAGUGUGGAUUUGGCAAAAUUUUCCGAGGAUACGCCCCUCUAUCCAGUUUGUCGAGCUUGGCUGCGGAAUACCCCGACAGUGAGAGCACUCGAACAGCCCCAAACACCACCACCAGCAGAAGAGGUUGAAGGAGUUAAUGGAAGCACCCAAAAUUUGUACCAGUUACCCCCACCUUUGCCAUGCCCAGUCACAGAGGAUGGAGAGCCCAUUAACUUGAGGAUACCCUCUCCCCUUCGAGAAGAUAGCGAACCCCUCAAUCUGAACAUGCCUCCAAACCUAACGCCCAGCAUGUCCACGUUAAUUAACCAGAAUAUGGAGCGAUGGAAGAAGAUCCGUCAGAGGUGGAAAGAUUCUUCAUACCGCAACCAACAGCGCUAUAGCCAGAGCAUGAAAAUCCUGAAGGAGAUGUACGAAUGCCAGUAAACGUUCCUCCACGCCAUUCGCUUUCCGACAGUCAGAUCCUGUUACAGUGGGUACACGUCAUUGGCAGGAUAGGGGCCAUGGGUUUCUACAGUUUUAACAGAUUGCAUUUAAUUUCCCCAUAAAAGUUAUUCUGGUAACAUCCUGCAGUUAUUUGGAAUAGGUGUUUUUGUUAAUAUUAAUGAGUUGG